CCGAGUCUAGGAGAAGAAGAGAAGUGAGCGAGGGAAGGGAACAUAAACAUGAGAAGUGGAACACAGCCGUUCAUUCUGCUCUAAAUCUGCUGUUUUACAGACUGAGAAGAAGCAAGCAGGAGGAAUUACUCCAGGAGAAACUACGGACAUACUAUUGUAAAGAUGGAGAUUAAGGAAGAACCCUGCAGAAUAAAAGAUGAAGAUACAGAGGAACAAAUAGACCUGAUGGAAGUGAAUGAAGACAAACUGCAUCAGUUUCAAAAACCGCAUUAUUUCACAAAUGAAGAUGGAAAUGCAGUCGUUUCAAAGACUGAAGAGAAUUUCACACAGAAACAAGCUGGAAAAUCUGGAGUCGAAGGAUCUUUAACCUGUUCUGAGUGUGGAAAGAGUUUCGUACGUAAAUCAAACCUGAACACACACAUGAAGAUUCACACUGGAGAAAGGCCUUAUACAUGCACUCAGUGUGGAAAGGGAUUCAUUCACAAAGGACACCUAAAUGAUCACAUGAGGAUUCACACUGGAGAAAAACCGUUCACAUGCUCUCAGUGUGGAAAGAGUUUCAGGUGCAAAAGCGCUCUCAAAUAUCAUCUGCGCCUUCACUCUGGAUUGAGAUCAUUCAGCUGUGAUCAGUGUGAUAAAACAUUUGUUUAUGAAUCAGGCUUAAGAGAACACCUUAAAGUUCAUUCUGGUGUGAAGCCUCACUUUUGUUCUGUAUGUGGAAAGAGUUUUUCACAUCUUGGAUCUUUAAAACAGCAUGAGCGUAUUCAUACUGGUGUGAGACCUUAUGUGUGCUCUGACUGUGGAAAGACCUGCACUUCAUCCAGCAACUUAAAAUCACACCAGAGAGUUCAUACUGGAGAGAAACCGUUCAAGUGUUCACACUGUGGAAAGAGAUUCACUCUGUCAGGACACCUGAAAGCUCAUGAGAGAGUUCAUACUGGAGAGAAACCGCACCAGUGCUCUUCAUGUGGGAAGAGUUUCAGCCAAUUAUCUACUCUACAGAAACAUAAGAAAAAUCAUUGCCCGAAGGUGUCUAAGUGAGCAAAGUUCACUUCCAUAACUUGUAAAUAAGCAAAAGA